AUGCCGCGCCUAUCACCCCGCGCCGGUGCGUCCUCGUCCUUCACCUGGACCACCGUCUUCUACCUUCUUCUGGUGCUCAUUGCACCGCUGGCCUUCUUCGGCACCCCGGCCAACGCCGAGGUCUCCGAGCAAGAGGAAUAUGGAUCUGUUAUCGGUAUUGACUUGGGAACUACCUAUUCUUGCGUCGGUGUGAUGCAAAAUGGCAAGGUCGAGAUUCUGGUCAACGACCAAGGAAACCGCAUUACCCCGUCAUAUGUCGCUUUCACAGAUGAGGAGCGCCUCGUCGGUGAUGCCGCGAAGAACCAAUACGCUGCGAACCCCCACCGGACAAUCUUUGACAUCAAGCGUUUGAUUGGUCGCAAGUUCGAUGACAAGGAUGUCCAGAAAGACGCUAAGACGUUCCCCUUCAAGGUUGUCAACAAGGAUGGCAAGCCUAAUGUUAAGGUCGACGUCAACAACUCUCCCAAGACCCUGACUCCCGAGGAAGUCUCGGCCAUGGUCCUGGGCAAGAUGAAGGAAAUCGCCGAGAGUUACCUGGGCAAGACGGUCACCCACGCCGUUGUCACCGUCCCCGCCUACUUCAACGACGCCCAGCGACAGGCCACCAAGGAUGCCGGUACCAUUGCCGGCCUCAACGUUCUUCGUGUGGUCAAUGAACCUACCGCCGCCGCUAUCGCCUAUGGUCUGGAUAAGAUGGGCGAGGGCGACCGUGAGCGCCAGGUCAUCGUCUACGAUCUGGGUGGUGGUACCUUCGAUGUCUCUCUCCUGUCUAUUGAGGACGGUGUCUUCGAGGUUCUGGCUACCGCUGGUGACACCCACCUUGGUGGUGAGGAUUUCGACCACCGUGUGAUGGACUACUUCGUGAAGCAGUACAACAAGAAGAACAAUGUCGAUGUCUCCAAGGACGCCAAGUCCAUGGGUAAGCUGAAGCGUGAGGUCGAAAAGGCCAAGCGCACGCUGUCUUCGCAGAUGUCCACUCGCAUUGAGAUCGAGGCCUUCCACAACGGCAACGAUUUCUCCGAGACCCUGACUCGCGCCAAGUUCGAGGAGCUGAACAUGGAUCUGUUCAAGAAGACUAUGAAGCCUGUCGAGCAGGUUCUCAAGGACGCCAAGGUCAAGAAGAGUGAGGUUGACGACAUCGUUCUUGUUGGUGGUUCCACUCGCAUCCCCAAGGUCCAGGCUCUUCUAGAGGAGUUCUUCGGUGGCAAGAAGGCUAGCAAGGGUAUCAACCCCGAUGAGGCUGUCGCUUUCGGUGCCGCCGUUCAGGGUGGUGUCCUCGCCGGCGAUGACAGCACGACCGGGGUCGUCCUUAUGGAUGUCAAUCCCCUGACUCUGGGUAUUGAGACCACUGGUGGUGUGAUGACCAAGCUCAUUCCCCGCAACACUGUCAUCCCUACCCGCAAGUCGCAGAUCUUCUCGACUGCGGCUGACAACCAGCCCACGGUCUUGAUCCAAGUGUUCGAGGGCGAGCGGUCGAUGACCAAGGACAACAACCUGCUCGGCAAGUUCGAGCUGAACGAUAUCCCCGCGGCCCCGCGUGGUGUUCCACAGAUCGAGGUGUCGUUCGACCUCGACGCCAAUGGUAUCCUCAAGGUCAGCGCCAGCGACAAGGGCACUGGCAAGGAGGAGUCCGUGACGAUUACCAACGACAAGGGCCGUCUCAGCGCGGAGGAGAUCGAGCGCAUGGUCCAGGAAGCCGAGGAGUUUGCCGAGGAAGACAAGGCCAUGAAGGAGAAGAUCGAGGCCCGCAACGGACUGGAGAACUAUGCCUUCAGCCUGAAGAACCAGGCCAACGAUGAGAGUGGCCUCGGCGGCCAGAUCGAUGAGGAUGACAAGCAGGCUAUCCUCGAUGCCGUCAAGGAGGUCACCGACUGGCUCGAGGACAACGCCAUCACUGCCACCACCGAGGACUUCGAGGAGCAGAAGGAGAAGCUCUCCAGCGUCGCCUACCCGAUCACCAGCAAGCUGUAUGGCUCUGGUGCUCCCCCGGAGGACGACGACGAGCCGCUGGAGCAUGACGAACUGUAA